AUGGCAGACAUCAGCUCAUCCAGCAGCUCAUCGGCUGAUCUUACACCAACAUCGUCCGCAGAACCAAGCACAACGCCCUCUACGCCACCAGUAUGCCACAAGUCACUUUCAAGGAAGCAAGAAAACUUGAGCAGACAAGAACGCAUCAACAGAUGGCGCCCAUCUUACCAUUUCCUAUCGGCAUCUGGUUGGAUGAAUGAUCCUUGUGGACCUGGAUAUGACCCGAAAACAGGCCUCUAUCACAUCUCAUAUCAACAAAACCCGAAUGGAGUAGACUGGGGAGAUAUUGCCUGGGGCUCAGCAAUGAGUCGAGACUUGAUACACUGGGACCACAGAGAGACGCCUUCACUGUCUCCAGACUCACCUUAUGACAAUAAAGGCGUCUUUACGGGAUGCCUCAUCAACGCACGAGAUGACUCUUUGACCUAUGCCUACACAUCUGUGAACUGCUUGCCAAUCCAUCAUACUCUCCCGCAUGUCCGAGGCUCAGAGUCGUUAGCACUAGCAAAGUCAUACGAUGGUGGGCAAACAUGGUCGAAGAUAGAUGCGAAUCCAAUACUGCCUUCUGAACCAACGAGUCUCGAGGUGACUGGGUGGCGAGAUCCGUUCGUCGCAGCGUGGCCUCGAAUGGCUCGAUUCCUGGACAUGGAUGAAGCAGAUACUCUGUUCGGCAUCAUCUCUGGAGGCAUCAGAGACGUCACACCAACAACCUUCCUCUACGCUGUUGAUGCAAAUGAUUUGAGCAAAUGGCGUUACAUUGGCCCUCUAACAAACUUUGGUCUGAAUAUGCGUCCCUCACGGUGGUCGGGCGACAUGGGAAAGAAUUGGGAAGUGACAAACUUCACCACAUUGCGAGACGAGCACGAUCCGAAGUGCGAACGAGAUCUGCUUGUCAUGGGCACAGAAGGUUGCGUGCCUAGUCGAUCACCAUCAAUAGCAGGAUCAUUUGGUCCGUCGAGACCUGCGCGUGGACAGCUGUGGAUGGCAGGAAGUCUACGUCAACCUCAAAACACUUCAUUUUCUGGGCCUGUGGAGAUGACAUACAACUACGGCGGCCAUCUCGACCAUGGAUGCCUGUAUGCUGCAAAUUCGUUCUACGAUCCAAAGUCGCAUCGGCAAAUCGUCUGGGGCUGGGUCACAGAAGAAGAUCUCUGUGAUGAUCUGCGCCAUGCUCAGGGCUGGAGUGGCUUGCUGUCAAUGCCUCGCGAACUGAGCAUGCAAACGCUUCGUCACGUUGUUGGCGCUUCCACGUCAGACCUGUCAAGCAUUACUUCUAUCGAGCGCGAACCAGAUCGCUUCGGCUCGUACACCAUUCGCACGCUCGCCAGCCAGCCUUAUCCCGCACUCAUCAAGCACCUCCGAUCAGCCCCAUGCGUGCGACUAGCACAACUACAAAACAAAGAACUCAGCAACGGAAUCCACAACGUCACAUUCAACUCAAACGAAAUCAAAACCAACCGCUGGGAACUCGACUGCAUUCUCAAAGUCUCAAAAGGCACACAAACCAUCGGCCUCAGCAUCGACCACAAAGGCGACUAUUCCCGCUCCACGACCCUCUUCUUCGACCAAUUCUCCGAAACCUUCACAAUCAACCGACCUGCUUUCUCAGUCCUCAACUCCUCCGAACUUAUCAACAGCGCUCCCGAACAUGCACCACAUACUUUAUUCACGACACGAGAUCCUAUCACUGGCAAACUCGAACAAGAGAACUUACACAUCCGAGUCUGGAGAGAUAAUUCCGUGUUAGAAGUUUUUGUAAAUGGUCGAACCGCUAUCACGACGAGGAUAUAUGCUGCGGAGGAGACCUUUGGGAUGAGAUUCUUCGCGGAUGAUGUACCGAAUGGGAUUGCGGAUGUGCCGAGUAUGCUUGUUUCGGCGACGUUGUGGGAUGGGAUUGGGAUUCAUUAA